AUGGUCAAAGAGAUAGUCUGUGUCACACUUGCUACUGAAAUAACUAAAAUGUAUGGUGAAAUAACUAAACUAUAUGUCGAUCUCUAUAAAUAUAUAACUAUAUCUGUAAGGCUUCUUGAAAGUAAGGAAUCAACAGAGUCCCAAAAUGAGAUAAAAUCAGGAAACAUGAUUGGCAAGCUACAGCCCAUUUGCCCCAUCGAAGGCCGAUUUGGAGCCCGUGGCCAGGCCGAAUUCCCUCUCCGCGCCCUGCAGUUUAAACGUGGCCUGCUGCACGAGUUCCGGAAGGGCAACGUUUCCAAGGAUCAGGUUCGCCUUCAUGACCUGGUCCAGCAGCUCCCCAAGGCCAUUAUCAUUGGGGUGAGGAAAGGGGGCACCAGGGCCCUGCUUGAGAUGCUGAACCUCCAUCCAGCUGUGGUCAAAGCCUCUCAAGAAAUCCACUUUUUUGACAAUGAUGAGAAUUAUGCCAAGGGCAUUGAGUGGUACAGGAAAAAGAUGCCUUUUUCCUACCCACAGCAAAUCACAAUUGAAAAGAGCCCAGCAUAUUUUAUCACGGAGGAGGUUCCGGAAAGGAUUUACAAGAUGAACUCAUCCAUCAAGUUGUUGAUCAUUGUCAGGGAGCCAACCACAAGAGCUAUUUCUGAUUACACUCAGGUGCUAGAGGGGAAGGAGAGGAAGAAUAAAACUUACUACAAGUUUGAGAAGCUGGCAAUAGACCCUAAUACCUGCGAAGUGAACACAAAAUACAAGGCAGUAAGAACCAGCAUCUACACCAAACAUCUGGAAAGGUGGUUAAAAUACUUUCCGAUUGAGCAAUUUCACAUUGUCGAUGGAGAUCGCCUCAUCACGGAACCUCUGCCAGAACUUCAGCUUGUGGAGAAGUUCCUAAAUCUUCCCCCUAGGAUAAGUCAGUACAAUUUAUAUUUCAAUGCUACCAGAGGGUUUUACUGCUUGCGAUUUAACAUUAUCUUUAAUAAGUGCCUGGCGGGCAGCAAGGGGCGCAUUCAUCCAGAGGUGGACCCCUCUGUCAUUACCAAAUUGCGCAAAUUUUUUCACCCUUUCAAUCAAAAAUUUUACCAGAUCACUGGGAGGACAUUGAACUGGCCCUAAAAUAAUAAGUCAUAUAACACUAUGUGUUGUGGCUGGAGACACACAAUGUCUCCUCUAGAUUAAAAUAUGCACUUUUCUUAGACACAACUAUCCAAGUCAUUUUUCCGUGUGUACUUGUACAUACACAGUGUGUGACCAAAUAUAAGAUCAAUUCUUUUUCUAUUGAAAAGUUACAAAAAAAUAAUUUGCUGUCCAAGUAGUUGCAUCUUUUAAGAUAUUUACAAAAAGAAAAGGUGGUGGUAUUAGGGGAAAGUGACUUCAGCUAUUCUCAAAGAGUUUAGUCUUCCUUUGAGUCAGAAUUUGUCGCCCGCCAUUUUCAUAGAGUUAAGCCAAAAGAUGAUGUGUGAAAACGUACCAAUGGCUGUGAAGCUUCAGGAAGUAGAAGAUGCAGUUAUGCAUUCUUUUCUAAGGGAAAGCUGGCUCUUUAAUUCAGCUCCUGAAUUGGUGCCGUGGAAACAGAAAAUACUAUUUUCUUAUUAUUCGAAAGAAUGUCGUAUCUCAUAAAAUUGACAUUGUUCCGAAGUUCCUGUGGUGAUUUUGCACUAUUGUUUUCUCAUAUAGACCAUGGUGUUACUUGUAGCAUGUCAAUCACACAUUGGAAAAUUAAAGUCCUUUUACUUCCAUGUUCUGUGUCAACAAAGAGAAAUGUCAUGUACAUAAUGUAUAUUGUUGUAAAUACUGGUUUCACACUAAGUAAUUCUAUUUUGUAAACUGAAUAUGGCUAUUUAAUUUAUUGUGAAAAUUAAAUUUAUUGUGGUAUUUAAAAGUGGAAUGGAUUAAAAUUACUCUCUGUGCAACCUUUUUUUUUUUUUUUUUUUACUCAUUUUGUUUUACACACCCCCUGCUGGCUCCCCAAAUCGAAGCUGUUUAUGUGCAUAUGAGCGCGCUUGGAAAGAGGCGCUUCCCGGUUGGAUUUCUGUACCCUUGUGAAAAUGUUUUUAUGAAGUGAGGUUGAGUAUAUUAAAAAAAAAAAAAAUCUCAGCCAUCUGGAAAUCUAGUAAUAGAGCCACCUCAAAGAAUACUAGUUUUUCUGCUACAACUUUGUAACAAUUAAUUUACAUGCAGUUUCUGCUGUGUCAGGAGAGAGACAGAAAUACUUUAACAUAAUCAAGGCAUAGAAGAAUCAGUUUUAUUUGAACCUCUAAUCAGAGUCAGACCAGUCGAGAAAUUAAAUAAAAUAAGAUUAGGAAACGUGUGUGGCCUCUGUACUGAAAGCGGCUGAUGCUUCAAAAAUGAAUACAAACUCCCAGAACUGCUUCUUUGAGAUGAAAAAAAAAAAAAAAAUCAGUCUGCUCAGAAAUGAUCAAAUGCGUAGUGCUGCUAUUACUAACCUAAACAUAUGGCUCAUAUUUCCAUCCAGAGAAAUUAAUGCUAAAUUGGGUGAGUGCUAACAUCAGAUACACUGUAUCAGGCUUAAUAUAAUUCAGAAAACCGUGGAAAGAGGUGUCAACAGCAGCAACAAAAAGAGGGAUUUUUCGCAGUCAUGGCUGCCUAUCCAGUAGAAAAUGUUUGAGGGAGUUUUGCUCAACAUCACACUGAGAGUGCCUAGAGAAAUCAGCAAAUUACAGUGGGUUCCCUUUUGAUUGUAGUAAGUGUUGACUUUCCCCAUGAGUUGUUUCUCCUGUCCAGUGAUUUGAUGGUGAACUUCUCUAAAUAAAUAGCCCUUUCCCCUCUGGUUCGGUAUAUAUCCCUUCUCAAGUGACACAGCCUUAGUGAUCAUCUCUCCCGUUUCAGUUAGCAGCGAUGCCGUUCUCUAAGCAUGGGAUAGGCAUGAUGGCAGCACACGGUGACAGGCCAGCUCCUCACCUAUCGUGCAGUGACCCUGGAGAGAGUGUCUCGGGUCUAGAUGCCAGUCCCUUCUCCCGUAAGCCAUGAAUGAAAUCAAACAUAAUGAAUGUAGCAUUAGAUUUCCUUGUGCCUCAACUGUCAGCCAGCCACUAAACUCUGAAUACU